GCAGAGGUUUUAGUGAACUUCAAACCUGAGGGUUAAACAUGGCGCGUCACAAAUCAAACGCGCCGCCGAAAGUCACACGACAGCCGCGGAAACAGCAACAAUCCUCCGGCGCCGAGAGAUCAGCUUUGUACGCCAGGAGGGAAGCUGCCAAAAUCCUCCACACCGUUCUCCGAGGCGACGCAGAGCGCCGAGCCGUCGCUUCGAUAAAGUCACUCGUCUUCAGCCCUUCCGUACGCAACAAACGCGGCACCUUCGCUCUCGUCUGCGAGACGCUAAAGUAUCUUAAUGUGAUAAAGGAUGUUCUUGGAAUCGCUAACGUGUUGAAUAGCAAAUGGAAGAGGCAAGAGCCAUUGGUCUACAUCAUUUGCUAUGAUAUCCUUUUCGGCAAGGAGACUCCAUCGAUUGGUGAUGCUGAGAAGUUUCUUGUGCGGCGUAAAGAUGCUCUACUGUCAGGUUUAGCCACGCUUCUUGUGAGGAAGAGAGUUAAAAGCGUUGGAGAGUUGUUGGAUCUUUCUCAGCUUAAUGGUCAUAUAAAGCCACGUUAUGUUCGUGUAAAUACACUUAAGAUGGAUGUAGAUUCAGCAGUGAAGGAGCUGGAGAAACUGUAUAAGGUGCAGAAGGAUGACACAGUUCCUGACUUGUUGGUGAUGCCACCCGGCAGCGAUCUGCAUGCUCAUCCUUUGGUUAUGAAUGGGCGUAUAUUUUUGCAGGGAAAGGGAAGUUCAAUGGUAGCAGCAGCACUGCAGCCAGAAGCAGGAUGGGAGGUUAUUGAUGCCUGUUCAGCUCCAGGUAACAAAACUGUUCAUCUUGCUUCUCUUAUGAAAGGACAAGGAAAAAUCAUAGCGUGCGAGCUAAAUGAAGAACGAGUAAAGCGUUUGGAACAGACUAUUAAGCUGUCUGGUGCUACCAAUAUUGAAGUCUUUCAUGGUGAUUUUCUGAGUCUAAAUCCGGAAGAUCCUUCUUUUGCAAAGGUUCGAGCUAUAUUGUUGGAUCCUUCAUGCUCUGGCUCUGGAACCAUUACAGAUCGUCUGGACCAUCUCCUUCCUUCUCAUUCAGCAGAUAACACGAACUAUGACUCCAUAAGACUCCACAAACUCGCUGUUUUCCAGAAGAAGGCUCUGGCCCAUGCACUCUCCUUUCCACAGGUUGAGAGAGUAGUAUACAGCACAUGCUCAAUCCACCAGAUAGAAAACGAAGAUGUGGUCUCAUCUGUAUUACCUCUGGCUUCAUCCUUGGGCUUCAAACUCGCUACCCCUUUUCCUCAGUGGCAGCGUCGUGGUCUCCCUGUAUUCGCUGGAUCUGAACAUUUACUCAGGAUGGAUCCGGUUGAGGACAAAGAAGGGUUCUUCAUCGCUUUGUUCACCAAGACAAACAACCUUGAUAAUCCAAAAGCGUCUGAGCUUCCUGAAGGAGAGUGUAGACGAAGACACAAACGGUUUUAUCCAUUUCUUUGGCCCAAAGUGUUCUUCAGAGCUUGGAAUGGGAGGUUGCACGGGUCCAGGAGGUGAAACUCCAUAUUAAGUACCAACUCAGAAGACCAAGUCCCUUUUUUCAAAGAAUGAAGAAACUUUUUUUUUGUAGACGGAACAUCACUUUAUACAUUAGUCGUCAAUCAAACACUCCAUUCACCUCUUUCUUAGCUCACUGUGAUCUUCAUUGACUAUUGAGUAUUGAGGUCAACCUAUUAAGGUCGCUUAUGAGCAUUUUGUGUACAUAAGUUCAUGUUGGAAUCUUGAUGGUUUAAGUA